GUUUGGCUUUUCCCAGCUCCAACUUUUACCCAUGUGAGCUCAGCUGAGCCAGCUCAAGGACUCGCCUGUCCUCGCCUCUCACCUUAAAAGCCAGAUGCCCGAAGCAGUGCAUUCGCAGGUCUUCCUUGGCACAGGGCUGGCCCUGCUCUGCCUCAGCAUCCUCCUGGGUUGUGCCGUGUGCUGGCAGCGUUGGCGGUGCCCGGGCCCCCGCCUCGGCUGGGAGAGGGUGACAGUGGAACUGGGACCCGCUCUGCCCGCCGGGACGGUGCCGGUGCCUGUCCAGCAGCACUACAAGGAGGUGGCAGGAGAGAUGCUGAGUGCCCAGGUGGAAGAGGGAUCACCAGCAUCCCACCGGGGUUUGCUCCACAGCAGAGCCCCCUCGCCCAGCCUCCCCUUCUCCCCAAAGCCGGCAGGAGCGUGGCAACACUGCUGCACCAUCUCCAGAGCCAACCUCCUCUGCGAUGAGGAGAGCCCGCUGGUCCACCCCAUCCCGGGACCCCCCACACUGAAGCCCUCUGGCACCGGCCCCAAGCAGCGUCCCCGGCUCCACUGUGACUUGUCCUACUCACCGGCCGAGGCCACGCUCACCGUGACGGUCCUUGGCGUCUCCCACAUGCCCAAGGGGCUGCAGGGUGGCCGAGGCUCCUACGUCAAGGUGUACCUGCUGCCGCAGCUCCCGGUGCCCCGGUGCACGGCAUUGCAGCGCGGCAGCCUCCACCCUGCCCGCCGGGAGCCGUGCCGGUUCAGCCGGUACAGCCUGGAGGAGCUGAGGAGCUUCACCCUGCGGUUCGCUGUCUUUGCCAGGUUUCGCAGCCUCAAGGACUCCUUCGUGGGAGAGGUCCUCUUCCCCUGCGCUCAGGCCACCUGGGAACCCCAGGCGUCUUCUAGCUACAGCUGGGAGCUGUCAAGCACCAAAACCAAGCUCAGAAAGCGUCUCAGCGCCCACGACGCGAGCCGCAGCGUCCUCUCCUCCCCACCCAAAUCCCUCAGCCAGCUCUUCCUUCUCCUCCAGUACCAAGCUCUGGCCAGCCGCAUCAAGGUGCUGGUCUGCAAGGCAGAGCACCUGGGCCGGCUCUCCUGCAUGCCGGGAACGCCAGGCCACUACGUCAUCAUCCACCUUUACCACAAUGGCCACAUCAUUGACACCAAGGAGACCAAGUCCAUCACCGGCUACAACCCUGUCUGGAACAUGCCCUUCCUCUUCAACCUCCCCGCUGGGGACAUCCAGCAGCAAGAGCUGUCCUUGGAGUUCACCGUCAUCCAGGCUCGCAUCUACACCCGCAGCUCCCCACUGGGUCGCGUGCAGGUGGGUCCCCGCGCCCCUGGGGCCGGGCUGCUGCACUGGAGGGAGAUGUGCAGUCGGGGACAGCUGGAAUCGGCACGGUGGCACUGGAUCCAGCCCGAUGCCCUCAGAUCCUGAUCUUGCCCACAGCCCACGGGCAGGGCUCGCCCGGGACUCAGCUGCUCACAGGAGUGAGCGAAGGGGGAUCUCCGAGACUUGGAGAGGUGAGGUCUCGGGGGGCCACCACGGUGGUGGUAUCUAUUGCCCCUUCUAGCCCACCAUGACCAGUCCACCCUUUCCACCCAGUCCCACAGCAGCGAAGACCAUCACCAGACCCUUCCCAUCCCCACAGGCUGGCACACACCCCGCUUUGCUCCUCGGCGAGAAGAACCGCAAGGACUGGCCGAUAUCGACCCAAACCUGCCUGCGCCCAGUGCUAAAGGGCGUUUUUAAUUCAUCAGCAUUUUUAAUUAAUUG